AUGGUUUUAUCGACAAGAGUAAGUAUCCAAUGGGGAUCAGACGGUCCCGCGGAAUCGACGCAUACAUUAGUGUCUACCUCCGCGGCUGACCAUUUCGUAGACGUCCGAAUUUUGACAGAUCGGUAUCCUCACAUACAGACAACCGAAGAGCCAGAGAGCUUUGAGAGCAUUUUUGACUGGGCAAUUGUUGGUGAGGAGAAGCCAAUUGAAAACACAAGCAAAAUUCUGUUUGAUCACCUGAUAAAUCUGCAAGAUAUAUUCAAAUCUCUUAAAUUGGGAAAGCCAUUCAAGAGCGAGCCGGAUAUUGGUGAUUUUUCAGCGAUCGAAGGAAGCGAGGAUCGAAAAGAAACAGGUGAAAUGGUCAAUCCAGCGACAAAUCAAUUGACUCCUUAUGUGGAGAUCUGGAGGUCUUUGAACCCAUCCAGAACCACACCAACUCAGGAGGUGCGCGAGGACCGAGAUGAGGAGGGCAACGAAGUCAAUGAUGAGAACGUUAUCAAUGCUACCUAUGAAUUUGAGCAUGAUUCCAUGUAUGGACGGUGUAUCAUUCUUGGCAAAUGGAUCCAAGGUGUUAUUCACGAUCGUUCCGACAAGACACAUCCAUUGAGUAUUUACCGGGCAUUCCACGAUGACAAAGAAGAUAAAUGGGUACCUCUAAUCCGUUACGGAAAACAAUUUGCGUCAGAUUUCUCGCCGGAGAUUUUAACGAUAGACUCACGAUGGAGCCGUAUAGAAUAG